AUCAGCUUGCAGAGAGUGGGCAGGGCCCCAGCCAGUCCCCCGGCCCCUCCCCUUCUGCAUCAUGCGAGUUUGACUUCCUGAGGCUGGAGAGAGAGGGAGAUAGAGAGAGAGAGUGAGAGAGAGAGGGAGAUAGAGAGAGAGAGAGAGUCAGAACCAGGAACAGACCUCCAAGUGCUGGCAGUGGAGGCGAAACUUGUGCGCAUGCUGGCAUCUUCUGACAUUAGUUUGUGACCGAGGACAAAGUUGGUGGUUUUCUUUUUUACUCUUUUGCAAAUUUUUUUCUGAGAAACGGAUUUUAAAAGGAGCUUUUCCUGCCACACUUUUUUUCCCCUUCCUUCUCUAUUUUUUUGUGGGGCUUGCUGUUUUCUCUGGCUGGUUGACCACAGCGGCCGAGCAGGAUGAUAGCCGCUCAGCUCCUGGCGUACUACUUCACAGAGCUGAAGGAUGACCAGGUCAAAAAGAUCGACAAGUACCUGUACGCCAUGCGCUACUCGGACGAGACGCUGCGGGACAUCAUGACGCGGUUCGGCCAGGAGAUGGACAAGGGUCUAGCCAGAGACACCAACCCCACCGCCACCGUCAAGAUGCUGCCCACCUUCGUCAGGUCCAUCCCAGACGGAUCUGAGAAGGGAGAUUUCAUCGCGGUGGAUCUGGGUGGUUCUAACUUCCGCAUCCUGCGUGUGAAGGUGUCCCAUGAGAAGAAGCAGACCGUCCAGAUCGAGACGCAGAACUACGACACACCGGAGGACAUCAUGCACGGCAGUGGAACCAGGCUGUUUGACCACGUGGCUGAAUGUCUGGGCGACUUCAUGGAGAAGCAAAACAUCAAGGACAAGAAACUGCCUGUUGGGUUCACCUUCUCCUUUCCUUGUGGACAAACCAAACUAAACGAGGCUAUUUUGCUGACCUGGACCAAACGAUUCAAAGCCAGUGGAGUAGAGGGUCUGGACGUGGUCCAGCUUCUGAACAGGGCCAUCAAAAAGCGAGGGGACUAUGAAGCCGAUAUUAUGGCCGUUGUGAACGACACAGUUGGUACCAUGAUGACCUGUGGAUUUGAUGACCAUCGCUGUGAAGUUGGAAUAAUCAUUGGUACUGGUACUAACGCGUGCUACAUGGAGGAGUUGCGCCACAUCGACCUGGUGGAGGGGGACGAGGGACGCAUGUGCAUCAACACCGAGUGGGGCGCCUUCGGAGACGACGGGACGCUCGAGGACAUACGCACCGAGUUCGACAGAGAGAUCGACCGCGGGUCCCUCAACCCCGGCAAGCAACUCUUUGAGAAGAUGGUGAGUGGCAUGUACAUGGGCGAGCUGGUGAGGCUGAUCCUGGUCAAGAUGGCCAAGGAGGGGCUGCUGUUCGAGGGACGCAUCACCGCCGAGCUGCUGACCCGGGGGACCAUCGAAACCAAACACGUCUCAGCCAUGGAGAAGAGCAAGGAGGGCCUGAGCAAGACCAAAGAGAUCCUGAACCGGCUGUGCGUGGAGCCGUCGAUGGACGACUGCAUCGCGGUGCAGCACGUGUGUGGCAUCGUGUCCCACCGCUCGGCCUACCUGGUGGCCGCCACGCUGGGCGCCAUCCUGCUGAGGCUGAAGGAGAACAAGCACGUUGCCCGCCUCCGCACCACCGUGGGCAUCGACGGAUCCCUCUACAAGAUGCACCCACAGUACUCGCGUCGCCUCCACAAGACCGUGCGGCGGCUGAUUCCCGACUCCGACGUGCGCUUCCUGCUCUCGGAGAGCGGCAGCGGCAAGGGGGCCGCCAUGGUGACGGCCUGGGCCUACCGGCUGGCGGACCAGACCCGGCAGAUCGAGGAGACACUGGAGCUGUUCCGGCUGACCAAGACGCAGCUGCUGGAGGUGAAGAAGAGGAUGCGGAUCGAGAUGGAGGUCGGCCUGGGCAAGGACACGCAGGACAAGGCCACCGUUAAGAUGCUGCCCACAUACGUGAGGCAGGUCCCCGACGGCACGGAGAAUGGAGACUUCUUGGCUUUGGACCUGGGUGGGACCAACUUCAGGGUGCUGCUGGUGAAGAUUCGCAGCGGCAAGAGGAGGACGGUGGAGAUGCACAACAAGAUCUACGCCAUUCCACAUGAGAUCAUGCAGGGCACUGGAGAGGAGCUUUUCGAUCACAUUGUUCACUGCAUAUCUGAUUUCCUGGACUACAUGGGGAUGAAGAAUGCCCGCCUCCCACUGGGAUUCACAUUCUCCUUCCCCUGCCAGCAGAAGAGCCUGGAUGCGGGCAUCCUGGUGACCUGGACGAAGGGUUUCAAAGCCACAGACUGCGAGGGGGAGGAUGUCGUCGGGCUGCUGAGGGAGGGAAUUAAGAGGCGAGAGGAGUUUGACCUUGAUGUGGUGGCCAUAGUGAAUGACACGGUUGGCACAAUGAUGACAUGCGCAUAUGAGGAGCCCACGUGCGAAGUCGGACUGAUCGCAGGGACUGGCAGCAACGCGUGCUACAUGGAGGAGGCGCGGAACAUCGACCUGGUGGACGGGGACGAGGGCAAGAUGUGCAUCAACAUGGAGUGGGGCGCCUUCGGAGACAACGGCUGCCUGGACGACAUCAGGACGGAGUACGACAGGGCCGUGGAUGAGCUGUCCCUCAACCCAGGCCACCAGAGGUAUGAGAAGAUGUGCAGUGGCAUGUACCUGGGGGAGAUCGUGCGGAACAUCCUGAUCGACCUGACCAAGCGCGGCUUCCUCUUCCGAGGCCAAAUCUCAGAGACCCUGAAAACGAGAGGAAUCUUUGAGACCAAGUUCCUUUCUCAAAUUGAGAGUGACCGACUGGCUCUACUGCAAGUGAGGUCCAUCCUGCAGCAUCUGGGUCUGGACAGCACCUGUGACGACAGUAUCAUCGUCAAGGAGGUGUGCGGCACGGUGUCCCGUCGCGCCGCUCAGAUCUGCGGAGCCGGAAUGGCUGCCGUGGUGGAUAAGAUCCGUGAGAACCGAGGACAGGAACACCUCAACGUCACCGUGGGAGUCGAUGGCACUCUCUACAAACUCCACCCACAUUUCUCGCGCAUCAUGCAGCAGACGGUGAAGGAGCUGGCCCCCAAGUGCAACGUGUCCUUCGUGCUGUCGGAGGACGGCAGUGGUAAGGGGGCCGCGCUCAUCACGGCGGUGGGCUGUCGUAUGCGCGAGAAUGGGCAGAGCUGAGACAUCAUCACAGCCCAGAGCGCAGAGAGAGGUCACGCCGCGCCGCCACAGCCCUAGAGGUCACGCCAGGAUGAUGACCUCUGACAUUUCCCACCCCUUUCUCCCCUCGGCUGAUGACCUUUUGACCUUUAGGCAACCCCUCCUCUCUCCUGUGUCUCUCCCUCGUCCUCACCCCACCUGCUUUUAAAGGGUGUGGCUUCCUGCAGUAUUGGAUGCCACAGCCUGUGCUCUCCUCUCUGCUUAUCUGCUUUAUUCCUCCUCCUACUCUUACUAUUCAUUCUACUACUCCUCUUCCUCCUUCUUCUCUUCUUCCUCUUCCUCCUCCUCUUCCUCCUCCUCCUCUUCUUCCUCCUCCUACUCUCAGUCGUUCUGUUCCCUGCUUGGUCCACACCCAGAGGGUGAGGGAAAGGCGGCUUGAGAACUAUAAUCCUGAGCUCUCCAUUCAUUUACUCCAUUCAUUUGUUUCCCUCACCACCAGCGCCACUUGAAAGCAAAGUUAUUUGUCACAAACACCAUUAUUCCACCUUUAGCAGCCUCUGUCACUUUGUUUAUACAUUGUGUAUUUCUGUUUGACUCUUUGUAUGUGUGUUUGUGUGUGUGUGUGUGUGUGUGUGUGUGUGUGUGUGUGUGUGUGUGUGUGUGUGUGUGUGUGUGUGUGUGUGUGUGUGUGUGUGCGUGCGUGCGUGCGUGCGUGCGUGUGUGUGCGUCUGUGCGUGUGUGUUUGUGCGGGGAUGUACCUACUGUAUGUAGGAGGCGGGCUAUCCUAUGUGACUUGGUGUCUAUUUUCAUAUAAUUUUAAAGUCGUAUGUAUUGUUUGGCUGCUGUAAACCUGAUUGUGUGGCUGUACAGUAUACUAUAUGAAGCAAAAGGGAAAACAAGAUGUCUAGACAGAGAGAGAGAGAGAGAAGUGAAUAUCUUUGACUCAAUAUGUAUAUUAUUUAUUUGAUUUAUUUUCUCUUUUUUUGUAUUUGAUGGAAAUGUUUGAUGUUGUCAGGGUUUAAGUCAGUCAUUGCAAAAGGUGUGAGAUGGGAUUUUGGAGUUUCAACUCAGUAACAAAAAUCCCCCUUUUCAGUAAUACACGUACAGGCAGUCUCCUUAAUUCUACUGAGUUUAGAUGAGAAGAUAUGCCCUGUUAGGCUGGGACUGGGCAGAGUGAUACUGUUUCUCCCCUCUUAUGAUAAUCAGCAUCCAUUUCAUUGCAUUUCAUUACAUUCUAUUUUAUUUCAUUUCAUUUCGUUUUAUUUUUUUACAAGGUGAAUGAAUGUUCUCGUCCAACAAUCCCCCUCCGCACCUGCCCCCCUAACUCCCCAUGUAAAAUAGCCAAGACCCACUCAGGCUUCCUUGCCUCAUUUGCACAAGUGAUAAUUAAAAAAACACAAAAAGACGCAGCCAUGCACCAAAGCAGAUAGGAUCCAAAUACUUUUGGAUAUAUUUCAAGCCUUUGCACACAGCCAGACUCUUAUAGUAAAAGUCACUCCUCACUGCAGAUCAACGAGUAUUUACCACAAGUCUUGACAUACCUAUAUGGUACAUAAUAUAUAACAUAUGCAUAUAUAACAUAUAUGCAUAUUCAUAUAUAUACAGUAUAAGAUGUGUAUUUUGCUACAAUUACUUGAGGAAGCACCGUGUGUUUCCUGAUGACUGUAUGCUACCGAUUUCUGUUUUGCAGUGAAGUACUGUAGAUGAGAACAGGCCCAGGCUUCCCAGUACUGUAAUCCUUCUGCUUUAUUUGGGCUUGGCAGUGAAACGGUUAAUUUGUACUUUUGAUGGGUGUGAGUGUGGCAAAGAUACAUUUGUGAGUUCUACCACCACGAGAGAAAUACCUGUACAGUAUAUUUUAGCCCCAGAUAUUAAUGAUGAAUGCAUGCCUUAUUUGGUAAACAGAGGUUUUAGCAGGCAUUUAUUUUGUACAAUUACAUAGAUGCUCUAUAGUUGCUCCAGAAAGAAAUGAACCAUGGAGAAAAUAUGAUAAAAACUUUAUUUUGGUGAGCAACCAAAGAACAUUGUGUCAUGUGUGAAUUACUUCAUUGCACAAGUACAGUAUGUUUUUUUAAAAGACUUUCAGUCAAAUAACAAGGAAAACAAAUUAACACAAUGGUAUUAACACACACACACACACACACACACACACACACACACACACACACACACACACACACACACUUUAUAAUUAGCUACAUCCAGGCUUGAAUGUCCGUCAAUUCAGUCACAUUCACAUGGUGUUCAAACAGCAGUAGCAAACCCUUCACAAAGUGGCUUCAUCAUGAGUUGCAUUUGCAAACCUCAGCAUGCCACUAACAACACCCCAGCACCUGGGUGCAACAUACUCAUAUACUGUAAUACCAUUACCAGCACAUGACAUGCUAUUAUGCACAUAAAUAUUUACAGCCUCACAUAUUUGAAAAUGAAGUAUAUCAAACACAAUCACAAUAUAUGAUCACACAAUCUGAUCAAACGUUAAGUUACAUCGAUAAUAAGGAUAGCUGUUUGCAGCGGACCAGGGCUCUCUUUUCUCUUAAUGGUGUCGUAUUAAUGUUGAUGGAUUUUUUUAUGACCUAUUUCCAAUAUGACAUUAAUCAGACAACUACACAAUGGCUUUGCAUCACAGACACCUAGUGGAACACACAUUUAGUAGGUUAUGGCCAUCAAAGUGGUUUAUGGGUAACUACUGCUCUGUGGGUGACUGCAUUAUUUCCUUUCAAAAGUCAACAAUUAUUUCACAAAGGGCCAUCCGUCAACUCCAUAGCAACAAAGAUGAACUUAUCAAAGUGUAAGCCUGUGUGUUACAUGACACUGAAAACCAGCAAGCAGGCUACAUUACACAGGUUGGUAGUAGCUGUGUAUGAGUCAUAUGAUAUUGUGGGUAACAACUUUGUACUUGAUUCACUAGAUUUGUGAAGCACCACACUAUUAACAGUAGA